AUGGCACGAAGUACAGUUGCUCUAAUAGCGCGAAAGUGCAACGGUCCACUUAUUAUCGAGACUGCCUACAUCAACGAAAUUAGGCCUGAUGAGGCAUUGGUUGAAAUUCAUGCUGUUGGAAUAUGCCACGCUGAUAUUUCCUGCUUGGACGGUGCGGGGGUUGUGAAAGAGGUAGGCCGAAACAUAACGCAUAUCAGUCCAGGGGACAAAGUCCUCUUGAGUUACAAUUACUGCGGCCAUUGUGUGCAAUGCAGCCAAGGCCACCCGGCUUAUUGUCUCUCUAUGCUCUCCCUCAACUUUGAAGGAAGGCGCCCAGAUGGAAGCUUCAAAAUGAUGACGCAGGACAAGCAACCCCUAUACAGCAAUCACUUCGGACAAAGUUCUUUUGCCCGUCUUGCCGUGGUUAGCGGCCCUUGCAUGGUCAAAGUCGCUGCUGAAACCCCUCUGGAACUUUUUGCGCCUCUUGGCUGCGGCUUACAAACUGGGGCAGGAGCCAUAUUUAAUACGCUUAAUAUUCCACCGGGAGCGACCUUGGCUAUUUUUGGGGUCGGGUCGGUGGGAAUGAGUGCCAUGAUGGCGGCCAAGAUCCGGGAAGCAAGAGUUAUUAUUGCUAUCGAUUUAAUCGAAUCCCGUCUGGAACUGGCGCGAAAGCUGGGAGCUACGCACACUAUUCAUGGAUCAGACUCUGGCGUGGCGGAACAGCUUGCUAUGAUUUGUCAAUCAGAUGGUGUCAUGUUUGCGCUUGAUACUACAGGGUCACCAACAAUCAUCGAAAGGAUGAUAAAAUCUUUGGGAACUAGAGGAAGGGCUGCAUCGGUUGGUGCUCCUCCGCCAGAUAAGCUUGUCAGCUUGAACGUUCUUGAGCACUUAACCCGUGGUCGUGAGUAUGUUGGCUGCAAUCAGGGUGAUAGCAUUGCUCAUCAGAUGAUCCCCUUCUUGAUUGAGCAAUACUCUUUGGGAAAAUACCCUCUCAACGAGAUUGUGAAAUUCUACGAUAUCGACGACUUUGACCUGGCUUUGACGGAUAUGAAAUCUGGCAAAACAAUAAAGCCUGUGCUUGUAUGGACUACGAAUUCUGGCUGUAAUGGAUUGGCCUAG